UUUUCAUGCGCUAGACCCACUACUCGAUAAUUGCCAUUCAGCCCCUUUACGCCUUUAUUCUCCUCCGAUACGACCGUGGAGGCCCAUUGCGCCGACAUCCGGGCGUGUUGCAUCGAGGAUACCAUCACUGAUGAUGACAUUUCUUAAUGUCGACCAGUGCCAGCAGCUGUCUAUCCCUCGCUAGACAGAAUAGGGCCCAGCCCGCUAUUUAAGCUUGCUGAGCUGAUUGCAUGCUACUGGAAAGCUAGUCAGGAAACCCCAAGAAUUCGAAUACGAGAAGAUCAGAAUUCGAUAUGCACCGUGCAGGUACGAGAUGAAGCGUGCGCUAGCGCUGUCUUGUCAGGCAAAGAAGGCGUAGCAGAUGGUUAUAUUAAUUGCCUUCAAUCCCUAUUCCUGACUUUCUUCCCGCUUUCAUCUUCAUCUUAAUCUUUACUUAAUAAUAUCUGGGUGCGCUGAAAUCUUGGAACCUGCGACGAAGAUGAAGACCUUCAUCGCCUUCUCGACAGCUCUGCUCAGCGCAAGCUUUGCUCACGCCGCAACUGUUUCUCCCGAUGGAUCUUGUGGAGGAACCACGCAAUACACAUGUCUGAACAGCGAGUUUGGCAAUUGCUGUUCCCAAUACGGCUGGUGUGGCGACUCGUCUGGACACUGUGAUACCGGAUGUAACCCUGCCUUUGGAAGCUGCACCAACUCGCAACCUCCUACCCCCACAACUCAAUCAUCCUCACCACCAAAACCAACAGCGACAGCAAAGGUAUCGUCGGAUGGAACUUGCGCAGGAAACAAUGGCUACACAUGUCUCGGCAGCUCGUUCGGCAAUUGCUGUUCCGAGCACGGCUGGUGCGGCGAUUCAGCAGGUCACUGUGGCACAUCGUGUAACUCGGCAUUCGGAGACUGCGAUGGCAAAGAUGAACCGACGACUACCCAAUCUUCUACCGCUCCCACAUCCACGUCAGGUAGCUCCGCUGCUGAGUGUUUGAACUCGAAGGAUGUUCCCUAUAAGAUGAACUCCGAUGCGGAAUACGGAGGUCUUGUGCAGCCCUACAAUCUGCGCCUUGCGUAUAAACCAGCUGUGGUGGUGCUCCCUACAACAUCUAAACAUAUUCAAGACGCCGUUGUUUGCGCUGCCGGUGCAGGUCUCAAGGUUCAGGCGAAGUCGGGAGGUCACUCUUACGCGAGUUUCAGUUCUGGAGGAAAAGAUGGAGCCAUGAUGAUCAGUCUUGCAUCGUUUACCAGCGUAGACGUGGAUCAGAGCGGUCUGGCAAAAGUCGGCGGCGGUGUACGUCUUGGAAAUCUGGCAGACGGUAUCUGGAACCAAGGAGAGAAGGCUUUGUCUCACGGUACCUGCCCAGGUGUCGGCGUUGGUGGCCACGCUACUCACGGGGGUUACGGUCACACCUCGCGCAAUUGGGGUCUUGCGAUGGACGCCAUUGUCAAGGCUGACGUGGUUCUGGCCGAUGGAUCCCUUGUGACGGCAUCUUCUAGCGAGAAUGCUGAGCUUUAUUGGGGCAUCCGUGGCGCUGCUGAGUCCUUGGGUAUCGUGGUCAACUUCUACAUGCAGACCCACCAAGCACCCGAAUCCAUCACCUACUUCGAAGUGCCGUGGAGCGGCAUCUUCGACGACAAGACUACCUUCACCAACACCUUCCUUCAUCUGCAAGACUUUGCUCGCAAUGAUUCGGUGGUCGACAAUCGCAUCUCCUUUGGCGUCUACAUGGAUGGAUACGGUUCCUUCUCCGCGAGCGGCGCCUUCUUCGGCCCCGUCUCCGAAUUCACCUCCAAGAUCCAACCAGAAUUCAUCCGCGGUCUCAAAACUCCCGGGAACAUUGUUGUAAAAUCUUAUACCUGGUAUGAUUACCUCGUCAAGGUAUCCGGCACAGAUACCAUCAAAGUCCCCCUCACAGGGUACGACGACCACGAUAACUUCUUCGCCAAAUCAAUCACCGUCCCCGAAUCCUCCGGGUUCACCUCCGCGGGUCUCGACUCGCUGUUCGACUACAUGAAGGAGGGCACUUCAGUCGAUUACUACAGCAUCAUCAACCUGUACGGUGGACCUGGCUCGGCGAUCAACUCCAAAGACACCGAAUUCGCGGCAUACAACGACCGCGACAGCCUCUGGGUCGUGCAGAACUACGGAUCCACUGCUGGCUCCAUUGACUUCAUCAACGGGCUCAACGAUGCUGUUGUCAAGGCGCAGCCCGAGACACACUUUGGCGCGUAUUUGAACUACGUCGAUCCUACUUUGGAUGCUGCGACUGCGCAUGAGUUGUAUUACGGUGAUGCUGUUUAUGGGAGGCUUGAGGCGCUCAAGAGCGAAGUGGAUCCUAAGGGUGUGUUUUGGAACCCGCAGGCUAUUGGUGCAUAG